AUGGUUUCGGUAAACUUCCUAGGGCUUCUGCUCUCUUCCGCGUUGGUAGUUUCUGCUCUAAACACCGGUACCACUACCGUCCAAAAGUGCACAACCAAGCAAUCUUCCAAAUCGAUCAAGGAAGUUCCCACGAGCACCAAGACUACGACUGUAACACUGCUUCCGAAGAUCAUUUUAUCAACUACCCAUAAAACCGUCACCACGACGGCAAAGCCAAUCACUACCAGCAUCGUUUCAGAGACAACUAUAACGGACACUUUCACAGAUUUCGCUGUCACUAAUACUUUCUCCACUACCUCAACCGAUUAUACUACAAUCACAAACGUUGCUUAUAGUACUUUAACAUUCAAGACGGAGGAAGUAACAGGUAGUGCAACAGCAGUGCUGCAGCACGGUAUCAGUACUGUAUCAGGAAACAGGAUGAAUCAAGUAACGCGUCAGGAAGAGAUACCACGUUAUGCCCCCGGGGCUGGCCCCCCUCCUUCCCCUAGUACUCCCGAAAAGGCAAAGCGAGCGGGCCAGCAUCCGCAUGGUGAUCUUGUUGAGCGAGGAGCUGCGAAGGGAGGAUGCAACUCUAAGACCUACCCUGUCGCUGUUCAAUUGCCUGCCGAUGUCUCUAUCACAGAGAGCUUCUCUACCACGCUCACCGUGACCGAAGGGGAGACAACCACGAUCGCUGUAGCUGCCACCGUCACGUCCCAGAACACGGUCAGCCAGACAGUGACCUCAUACGCAGCAUGCGCUACCAACAACAUCCUCGGCCCAGCUCUCUCCAACGGCAGAGUCAUCAAGAACAUCUACACCAACACAGCCGGUGGCUUCAGUGGAACGUCUAUGCCGGCAUGCCACGGCGUGCUCCGGCGUAGGGUACAACCGAGCAGCGGUACCUGCUACAUCUUCAGCACCCUUUCAGGAACUUGCGGCGCGUAG